GUAUCAUCUGUGUCGUUUUUGGACGUUAUUUUGGUGUCCGCAGUGAGUCUGACAAUACGCCCUCCGGAUGCACCACACGAAUUCAGUAGCCAGCGUUUGGCUGGAAUCGAAAUCGGAGAAAUCCGAGUCUGAGCUAAAUCAUUGUCCUGUUGUUACAUGGACUACUACUGGUAAGCAAACGUACUGCGCUGAGUGUACGUUGCUGCGAUUAUGUCGCCUCGUAGUAGUGGCAAGAGUGCGCGUGGCAAAGUCGUUAGAAAAGGGCGGAAAGUGCGUAGUGGUGGUGCUACUACGGCGGUGCCACGGCUAGGUGAACGGACGACAGCAUUGAGGCAAGAGCGGGGACGAAGAAACGGAGAGACGAUGAUAACGGACAAAAAGGCCGUCGCCGUAGUAGUUCCCGAGACAGGUCGAUGCACCACGACGCGCACGCGCCAAUCCCCAGAUUCCAAGGCACUUGGCAGCGCCCUGAUGCUACGAUUUAUGGAAAAACGUCGUCGGAAGACUACUGCCACUGAUUCUGAUACUGAUGGUACAGCGGAAACUCAAGAUGUAGACAGAACACGUCUCGAUUAUAAUGAUGACGAUAAUGAUUCGGAUACUGCUAAUGACGAAAAAGAUUACGAAAGCAGUAUUAAAACGUCAACGACAAAACAUGCUAAUGAGAUUAGUAACAAGUCAGAAGAUAAAUUUAAUUACGAUGAUAAAAAAAUUAUUGAUUCACCAGUUUCUCCAGAGUCUUUUCAUUCGUCCAGAUAUUCAGCAUCAGAGGCAUCGUCGAUGAUUUCUAUGAAUAUCGAUUGUACAGAAAAAUCGCCAUCGAAUUGUUGUCCAAUAACGAGUAUAACACACACGCCUCUCGAUACACUGAAGAAUGCCUUAGAAGGUUAUGACCAUAGUCGUAUUUAUUUAGCUCAUGUUUCUUUUCUCGAUUGGCGAGACCUGCCGGGUAAACGUGCAAACGGUGAAAGAGUAUGGGUGGUAGGUGCUGCCGAUCACGGUGGUCGUCAUCGAACGAGAUUACUAGUAGCCGGUCGUCACUGGCGGCCAAAGUGUUUGGCAAAUGUAAAUAUGGUUACUCAACCAGUUGUUUAUGCGGGUGGUGGUAGUGGAUCAUUGACGGUAGAUCUUUUUUUAUGGUGGUUUCAUCGAGAAUUUGCAACCACUGCAAUCGCAAUGCAUCCCGACGGUGCAAUAUUAGUUGCUGAGUCAGCAGACUAUCUGCCUCCGGAAAUAGAAUGCGUUACUGCAGAUGGCUUGGUGCGACUAUUCGUCGUUCCCAAAGAUUGCUUGGAGCCGAAAAUUGUCGCCAAUGAAUUGCGAAUACGUUUAGCAGCAGGACUACUUACGAGUGUUAGAAUCGACUAUGAAAGUAAAAUGACUAGUUUAGAUGAACGGGUGCGUAAAUUUACAUUAAAGGAAGCUUUUGCAGAAUUGCAUCGUGCAUGGUUGAACAUCAGAUCAGAGACAUUCGCCCGCUGUUGGAUGCUGCUAUAUGAGCGAUCAGACGCUAAACCACCGCCCGUAGGUCCAUCACUUUCUACACAUCUUCAUCGCAUUUCUGAUCAUACUGAAGAUCGUAUGAUGAUAGCUGAACUGCGUGGACUUGCACACGAAGCCGGUCUGGAAGUUGGAGACUCUGAACUCGAGCGCUGGAUACUCGAUGAAGAGAGUGAGUUAGCUAAACGGGUCAAGAAGAAUGAACUCGAUGAAGAGCAGAUAGAUAACAAGGAGACUGCAGCAGCUGUACAAGCAGCCAAUGAGUACGACGACGAGGGAGCAGUAGAUAAAGACAAGUACGAUGAAGCGCCGAGUGCUGAAGAAACCGUCCAGCUUCUUUCCCGUGUUCUCUUAUGGAUGGAAAGAGAACCACUCGACCCAGGUCUCUUACUUGCGGUUAGGUCGAUGCGAGAUACUGCCGCCGUGAUGGCGAGUAAAAUGGGUCUUGCCGGCACGCAUCCAAGCGGCUUACCGUUCUUUUGUGGGAACGGUGACCACCUGACGCAACCACCGCCUGCACACAUGGGGAUACCACCUUACGGAGCAUUGGACGCAGGCAAGGCGGCCGCGGCUGCCGGUGAGUACUGGCCAGCACCCCAACACGGUCCGUCCUCACACCCUGCACACUGGAAGCGACUUCUUGCAGCAGCAGCCUCCACAGGUUUAACGAGAGCCCCGAUGUACCCCUUCUCGACGGGGCAGUAUCCGUAUCCCAUGUUAAGUCCAGACAUGACGCAAGUGGCAUCGUGGCAUACGCCAGGCAUGUAUCCUAUUUCACCGGCGAGUGCCGGGUUUAGAAGUCCAUAUCCCACGAGCUUACCCAUUACAAGUUCAAGUUUACCCAGUGAUCUUUAUCGGUUUUCACCAACGGGCCUUAUGCCUCCUCAUCCAGGACUGAGUCCGCACGCACACGCUUUAGCGUCUCAUGCGUUAGUCUCAUCGGCGCCUAAAGCGGAUCAUUCUACCUUGGAUCACAAUCACAGGUCUUCAAUGGACCAGAAAAACUCGUCGUCUUUGUCAUCAGACAUCACAAAAACACAAGACACUGGACAGCAAAAUAAUCAAGACAAAAAGAAACCCCACAUAAAGAAGCCUUUAAACGCUUUUAUGCUGUAUAUGAAAGAAAUGAGAGCGAAAGUGGUGGCAGAGUGUACCUUAAAAGAGAGUGCUGCAAUCAACCAAAUUUUAGGAAGACGGUGGCAUUCGCUAAGCCGGGAGGAGCAGGCGCGGUAUUAUGAGGCGGCCAGGCAGGAGCGCCAUCUCCAUCAGCAGCGCUACCCCGGCUGGAGUGCCAGGGAUAACUACGGAUACGGCAGCAAGAAGAAGAAGAGGAAGAAAGAACGCUCCGCAGAUCCCACCGGAGGUAAUAAUAUGAAAAAAUGUCGCGCGAGGUAUGGAUUAGAUCAACAAAGUCAAUGGUGCAAACCCUGCAGACGUAAGAAGAAAUGUAUCAGAUACAUGGGUGAGGGAGGAGACGGCGACGUCGAGGGUGACGGUGACGGUGAGGACGAUCACUCGGAAGAUAAUUUGGGGAGCGUCGGGGAAGCCGGAACUCCUGAAGACGACGAAUCACUGAGUAGUCCCGGUGGAUUGUCGGCAUUGUCAAGUCUGGCGAGUCCUUCACUGGUUCUCCCAUCGCCUGCGAGUCUCGCGAGUCCGUGUCCCUGUCCACUGACGCCUCCAGUGCCUCCGCAGUCGUCGCAGUCCUCGAUUUCUCUUAAUCAAAAUCCCGUACAAGCGGUACCGCACCGUAACCCCGUGGGUACAAACCCCCACGACAUAAACAAUCCGCUAAGCGUUAAUCAAUUAACUGGUCAGUGUAUAAAGAGUGAAGUUAAUCAAGGACCUUCGGGUCCUUCCAACCCGGCGAUCAGUGUUACGUAGCCCUGGAUGGCCCCAAGUGACAAGACUCUCUUACGAUUCGGUGUCAUCGGGGUUUAUAUUUUUAAAUUUAUUAUUAAAAUAAUAAUAAUUACAAAUAUUAUUAUUAUUAAUAUUAAAGAAAAAUUUUUUUAUUUAUUUGGCCGCGGCGACUCAGUUGAUCAGCUCCAGGCAAAUAAAUCGAUAUACCAGUUAAUUAUAUAAAUAUAUAAUUAAUUAAUAAAUAAAUAUAAUGAUAAUUAAAGAUAAAGUAACGAUAGAUGAUAAAUGAUGUAAAAAAAAAAUACUCAGGACCAAGUGUCUAGCUGUAUAAUCCACCUCGAGAAGCCUCUCGUGCAAUUAAUAUUUAAAAUUCAAGUGACUGAUUUUAUUAAAGACAACUGGAGGUUGAUUUUUACAGCUUGUAGUCCUUGUUAUGUUGUGAUGCCAAUGACUGAUUGAGGUCAUGUUCCUGUGCCAGGUACUAUAUUCUAUUAAAUUUAUAAAUAAUUAAAUUAAAUUGAAUAUUUAAUUACGAUAAUUAUAAAUAUUAUUGUAAUUUUUAUUUAAUUUACUGAGAUAGUUAAUUUUAAUAAUAAAUUUAUUAACAUUUAUUAUUAUUAAGUUUAUUAUUAAUUAAUAAACAAGGAAUACACGUGUCAAAAUACAUUUUUUCUGUAUGUAAUUUGUUAUUUUUUUAAAAGUCUAUACAGUGCGAUUUUAAAUUUACGUGUAAGACAAUUAUUAAUUUUUUUAUUUUGUUUUUAAACAACAAGUCGUUUUUUUUUUUAAUGAGUAAUGAGUCUUUUUUUUUAAUAACGAUCCAUAUUAAAUUUAUUUUUAUGAGAUGAGGUGAAAGGAAAAUGACAAUUGUAAUGAUAGUGUUUUUAUACUGAACAAUUUGAUCUCCAGUUUUUUAUGACAUGAAAUUAUUUUAUGAAUUCUAAGUGCAUUUUUAGUUGAAGAUUUGACAGGAAAUUUUUUUUUUAAUUUUGUACACUACCCUAUUCGAUCUCAAUUACGGUAUUUAUCAUAAAUUUGCUGCUUUUCGCGGUAACUUACGACCAGUUAUAGUAUUUUACGGUAAUUUACGGUAAAUCGCGGUAAUUUACUGGUAAUUACGGCAACUUACAGCAUUUUUUACCGUAAACACGGUCUAAUACUUUACGGUAAUACCGUAAUUUUGAAAUAAAUCCGCAACUAUACGAUGAAAUACUACAAUUUUACUGUAAAAUCCCGAAAGUUUACGGUAAAUGACCGUACCCUUACCGUAAGGUUCUGAAAUUUACUGUAAAAUACUGCAUUUUGCUAUGAUUCUUUCAAAUACCGUAAGUACGAAAAUUUUCAAAUAUCAAAAUUACCGGAAAUUACGAAAAUUGCCGUAAAUUACUAGAAUUACCGCAUCGUUACGGUGAAUUUGUCACUUUUCGCGGUAAUUUACUAUGAUUUGCGGCAACUUACAGCUUUUUUACUGUUAGCACGGUAUGAAAAUUUACGGUAAUACCGUAAUUUUGAAACAAAUCUGCACAUUUACGAUUAAAUACUGCGAUUUUACUGUAAAAUACCGCGAGAUUGCCGUAAGUUUACGGUAAAUUACCACAAGCUUACCGUAAAAUCAUGCGAUUUACUGUAAAAUACUGCAUUUUGCUGUGAUUACGGAUUUCGUAAUUACGAGAAUUUACAUAUAUUAUGAAAAUUGCCGUAAAUUACGAAAAUCACCGGAUCGUUACGGCAAAUUUGUCACUUUUCCGAUAAGUUACUACAAUUUGUGGAAAUUUAACGAUAAUCUACGGCAAAUCGUGGUAAUUUCCCGCAACUUGAAACAUUUUUUACCGUAAACAAGGUACAAUACUUCACGCUACGGUAAAAUACCGUAAUUUUGUCACAAAAUACCGCAAUAUUGCCGCAAAUUACGGUAAAUUAUCAUACUCAUCGUAAAAUACUGCAAUUUAAUGUAAAAUGUUGCAUUUUACUGUAAAUCUUUCGAAUACUGUAAAUGACGAUGAUUGCCGUAAAUUGCGGCAAAUACAGUAAACUAUGAUAAUCACCGUAAAUUAUGGCAAAUACCGUAAUUUGGAUCCGUGAGGGUAAUUUUUCUUUUAUCAAAAAUAAUUAUUAAUGUCUGUUAUAUUUUUAUUUCCCCACUCCCUUCUUCGAAAAGUUUGUAAGUGUUUAAAAAAAAAAAAUUUAAGUUGUUUGUAUGUAAUUGUUAUUUUUUUUUUUUUGUCAUAAAAAAUAAAAUUUGUAUUUUAAAACUCGAAAUGGUUUUAUUUGUUAAAAGUCGGCGACUGGUUUUCGCAAAUUUUUUGCUUCGUGCAAUCGUUAUUAAUAAAUAAUUUUUUUCUAAAAUAAUUAAGAAUAAAUUUUUAAUAAAAAUUCAAGUAGAGUCGAAAUGACCUGUUUCGUUUCAAAAGUUUAGUUCAAAAAAUUUUUCUGAAUUGUUUUUAUAUGAAAUUAGGAAAACUAACCUUCAAUUUCCAUCUGAAUGUUUCAGUAGAAUUAUUUGAAUUUCCGGACACUGUAAUUAUGAUUAUUAAUUAAAAUUUUAGUAAAUUAAGCAGAAAUUUUUAUAUGACAAUCGAAAAUAAAAUCUUGUAUUUUCAAAUUCAAAAUGAAGUUUAAACUUCAAAACAAUUGUUUUGAAAAUCGAAGCUACGAAAUUUUAUAACAAAAUGGCGGAUGCUCCGUAGUUUUAAAAAGCGCUACAGUUAUUUUGACUCUAGUUGUAUAGUAACCCUGGUGGAAUUUUUUCGGACUUUUCUCUGGAAAAACUCUAAAAAAUUCUUUAGAACUUUGAAAAAGUCUUUAGAACUUUAAAACUGAGUUUUUCAGAGAAAAUUCCGAAAAAUUUCUACCGGGUUUGUCUCGAAAAUCAAAGCCACGAAAUUUUAUAACAAAAUGGCGGACUCUCCGUAGUUUUAAAAAGUGCUACAGUUAUUUUGACUCUAGUUGUAUAGUAACCCUGGUGAAAAUUUUCCGAACUUUGCUCUGAAAAACUUUGAAAAAGUCUUUAAAACUUUAGAACUGAGUUUUUCCGAGAAAAUUCCGAAAAAUUUCCACCGGGGAAGAUAACGAAAUUAUCUUUUAUAUUCCCUCCAUUUCCUCAUAAUUAUUCUUUUGUCAAACAAAGAAAAUUUUUAAAAAUCAAACACUAACAGACUAUUUUUUUUUUUUUUAUUAAAACUAUUAUUAGUUUUUAAAAUUAAUUGCAUAACACUUUGGUGCAAUUUACCAUUAAUAAAACAUAACCAAAAAAGGCAAUAGAAUAAAAAGAAGCAUAUUGUUUAUCACUUUGUUUGAAUACAUCAAUAAAUCAGCUAAUGUAUAUAAAUAAAAUAAAAUAUGUAUAAGGUGCAUUUAUUGAAGAUGGGGAAAGUGCAAUGGGGAAUUUUAUGAAAACAAUUGUAUACGGUAAAAUAAUUUUAAAAAUCAGAUGGUAAUUAUUUCAUGACUGAAACAAAGCUAAAACAAAAAUUGUGUCACUGAAAAAAAAGAAAAAAUAAUAAUGAAUAAAUAACUAAUAAAAACGUGCCAUAACAUCAUGCCAAUAUUACUGAUAAUAAUUAAAGUAAAAUAAAAUAAUGGUUUUUUAAAUAAUCUGCGUUCUGUCAGACUUUGCAUUUAUAAGAUCGAGGUGUGCAUUUUAGAUUUAAUAACUUCAUUAAUUGUUAAUUAAAAUGAUAUUUUUUAAAUAUUUAUACUUUUAUCUUUGUAAUAAAAAAUAGAGGCCAAAAUACUAGAUAAUAAAAAAAUAUAUCAAUUAAGAAUUUUUUUUUAAUCUUUAUAUUUCAUUUAAAAAUUCAGUACCCGGGAAAAAAACUUAGAUAUGAUCAUAUAUGAUCAGAUUUAAAUGUUUAUAUUUUAUCAGAUUAGUCAAACUGCCGAAUUUAAUCACAUCUGGUUAAUAUAUGACUAUAUAAUCAGACAUACGACCAUAUAUAAUCAUAUAUAGUCGUAAAAGGACAUAUAUAUGAACAAAUAUGACCAUAUAUGCUAAUAUAUGAUCGUGUAACAUUAUAUAUGAGCAGAUAAGAUCAUAUAUGACCAUAUCCAGUCAUAUAUAGUCGUACAUGGCCAUAUAUGAGUAGAUAUGAACAUAUAUGACCAUAGAUGCUAAUAUCUGAUCAUAUACAAUUAUAUAUGAGCACAUAAGAUUAUAAAUGACCAUAUCCAGUCAUAUAUAGUCGUACAUGAUCAUAUAUGGGUAUAUAUGCACAAAUAUGAUCAUAUAUGCUACUAUCUGAUCAUGUAAAUUUACACAUGAGCAGAUAAAAUUAUAUAUGACCAGAUCUAAUCAUAUAUAAUUAUACAUAGUCGUAUAUGGUCUUAUAUGGCCACAUAUGACUGGGUAUGGUCAUAUAUAAUCUUAUCUGCUCAGAUAUAAUUUUACAUGAUCAGAUAUUAGCAUAUAUGAUCAUACCCAAUCAUAUAUAUAGUUAUACAUAAAUGUAUAAGGUUACAUAUGAACAAAUAUGAUCGUAUAUACUAAUAUCUGAUCAUGUAAAAUUAUAUAUGAGCAGAUAAGAUUAUAUAUGACCAUAUCCAGUCAUAUAUAGUCCACAUGUGUCAUAUAUGGGUAUACAUGCACGAAUAUGAUCAUAUAUGCUAAUAUCUGAUCAUGUAAAAUUAUACAUGGACAGAUAAGAUUAUAUAUGACCAUAUCUAAUCAUAUAUAAUUAUACAUGGUCGUAUAGUGUCAUAUAUGGCCAUGUAUGAAGAAAUAUGAGCAUAUAUGCUUAUUUCUGAUCAUGUAAAAGUAUACAUAGACAGAUAAUAUUAUAUGUGACUGUCUAAUCAUAUAGAGUCAUAAGUCGUCAUAUAUGAUCACAUAUGAUCAUAUAGUACAAUUUUUUGAGUUUUUUAACAGUUAUAAGUACUCAUGUAUCGACAUAUGAUUUUUCUUGAUUAUAUAUGGCAUCAUAAGAUCCUAUAUGGUCAUAUCUGAGUCUUUUUUUCGGGAUAAUUAAAAAAAAUGUGAGAUCAAUUUAAAUAAAUGCACACUUCCGGUGGGCAUCAAUAUACAUUACUCAUUUAAAAUAUAAUGUACUGACAGACGUAGCUAUAAAAAAUAAACAAAAAAAGACUAUUAAAUAAACAAAAAAAAAUAUGAAUGAAUAAAAAAAUGUACUGACGUAUGUAUGUAUGAUGCCCGCUGUAAGUUCUGUGAUGCCAGUGACAUUAGGCCGGAAUUAAAUUCCUCAUUAAAACAAUAAAUAAAAAUAUAUAUAUAAAUAUUAUAAUUUAAAUAAAUAAAUAAAUAAAAGUACUGACACAAUAAUUACCCGCGGUACGGCCGUCACUUUUAAGGAUUAUAAUAAUUGAAUUGUAAAUAUAAUCGAUUAGAUAGUUUAUUAAUUAUUAAUUAUAUGUAAUCGAUUAUAUUGUAAUUCUUUAAUGGCCUAGUGAAUCCAUGUUGCGGAGAAAAAUAAAAUAAAAUAAAAAUAAAAAA